UCAACCUGACUUUAUCCAAUGUUCCAACGAUAUCUCUUAGUCUAUAUUUCUGGCCUCCACAUGAAUAUGUGGAUGCCUUUUUCCUCAAUGAUAACCUAUUCUACCUCAACCCCACCCCAUACUUCAAAAUCAUACAGUAUUCAAAAGAGGGCAUGUCUUUUCCUGUUGAGCUGGACCACGUUAUCAGCGCAGCGCAGACAGACUGAAGGAAAACCAACAACAGAAUAACACCAUUGACUGAGAGGUGACCCUAAAAACCUAAAAGCUUCCAUAAAGUCAGAGUGUUCUCACCGACACCCUGAAGUCUGUGAACUCUCGAAACAUGAGUCAAUUAGCUGAAAUAGCCUUGAAUGAAGCACGCGAAGAACAGCCCUUCAGUUUAUACUCGCGCACGCCUCUGUCAGUGUUGCCAUGUCAAUGAUUAAAAACACCAGUGCGGACAAGUUCUCCUCACCGUUUCUCUUUUUUAUUUUCUGCUUCCUCAUUUCUCAGUUUUUCCAGCUAUGGACACUUGUUCCUUCGCUUGGUGACUGACUGUAAAUACACUGAUGUUUUAAUAUGCAGUUUUAUUGUGUGUGUCUUGUAUCAGGACUGAUGUUUGUACGCUCACACACCCCUCCGGCUCUCUUCCACUCAAACCUGUCGAGCAACACAAGUUGUGAGAAGUUUUCUUCUCACACUGACACAACAGCACUACAGGUCUACAGUAUGGAGCCGAGACGUCUCGGAUUAAACCAGAAACAAACAGAGAUGCUAGUUUGUUACUGAAGUGAAUUAUUCCCAGUGCUCAGAGAAAAGAAGGAGUCGAGGGAUUAUUCUGUUCUCUGAUGAUCUCAUGAUGACUGUAUACGAACCCUGAUUUCCUGUUUGCACUGAACACCAGCCACAUAACAGGUUUGGGAUCAGCAGAAGUGGGCCACUAUGUCACUUUCACAGCAGGUUCUGGUGAAUUAUGAAUACAAAUACACUGCUCGAGACGGCAGAGAGGUGUCCAUCAAACCCAACGAGCACUACAUCCUAGUAGCCAAGACCAAUGAAACCUGGUGGCACGUUCGGAGGGAUGGGACUGACAAGCCUUUUUUCAUCCCAGCAACCUAUGUGACCGAACUCCCACCUGAGACCAACCAAACUUCACUGGACCCUUCUGUAGAGUUUAGUGGAAGUGAAUCCCUCAAGUCUAACUCAGAGACAGCUCCUGAUAGUCUUCCCACCAUCACUGAGCCCGCUGAGGUCACGCUUCGAGUCCCAGCCUCUAUAAAACAAGACACGGAGAAAGACGGUCAUAGAAUAUCAACAUAUAUUAUUCCAAAGGAAUUCUUUGAACUGAAGGGUUUGGAUCCAGAUCCCAUAAAGACUGAAGCAGAGGCCGGUCCUGUGCCUGAACACACAGAUCAAGAAAAGUCUUCCAAGCCAGCUUCCCCAACUAAUGGGGAAACACCACCCUCUAUCUUACUGAAGCUUCUCCAUACAGUCAACACACCUCAAUCCCCAGAACUGGAGAUAAAAUCAACCGUAAAUGCAACAGAAAGGCCUCGGGUGGACACAAAGGCCCUGGAUCAAGAUAUUCAGAUGCUCAAUAGAUCUGGCUGGGGUGACAUCUGGAGCCCCAUGAAUAAAGACAAGAAUGUGUAUGAGAGUUUGGAUACAAUGAGAGAACCAGAAUCCUCAAAAGCCGAAGAUAAUGUGACUGUAAACCCUGUCACACCAGAUAAGAAUAUGGUAGAGGAUGACAGCGCUCUCACGGCGGUGUAUGUAAACCUCCCCCGGGUGCGUCGGAGUACCACUGACACCUCCAGUACCGUUGCUUCUCCAUUACAGGAGUUCCCAGACACUCCCGAUACCCUUCUUUUAGACUCUGCGGGAUGGGAGAUCCAUACUGACGACCAGAGCGGCCAAGAGUACUACUACCACCCCUCUACGGGCCGCAGCACCUGGGAGUAUCCGCUCAGCUACUCCAUGGAGUCGUCAGUGGGGACAGAGGAGGCCCGUUCUCCUCCCUCGUUCCCCCAGUCUCCCAUCAGCUCGCCCCUAUUCCCUUCUCCUCAAAGGUGGAGCUCGGACUGGGAGAAGGUGCUGGAUGAGAAUACUGGCAGGCAUUACUUCUUUAACAUUGUGUCGGGUCAGAGCUCAUGGGAUCCCCCAGAGGAUAUCACCUCACCAGAGCAGUUUCUGGAAGAUUGCCCGCCUCCAUUUCCUGAGGAAGACUACCCAGCAUCUCCAGAUCUGGAGGAAGCAUCUCCUCUCUCUAUGCCAUCAGAGUAUACUUUGAUUCAUGUGAAGAAGGUCUCAAUCCCCAGGGCCAGUCUGGAUCACAGCGUCCCACCAGGCUGGACCCUCAGCAUCGACCCUGAAGGAGCUUGGGUCUUCACGAGCGACCACACGCAGGAGCAGUGGAUCAAGUCGCUAGACGAUCGAGGACGGACAUACUACUACUUAAGAGAUGGCAGCAAGUCCCAGUGGAACUUGCCUGAGUACUCUGGAAGUCCAGGACAGUAUGGAGUGGGAAAUGGGGCCUCACUAGAGCAGGACACAAUGGGAUCCAAGCAAAACUGGAGGCGCAGUGCGGGAUACCAGGAAGAUAAGAGUCACUCAUCAUAUCCUCAGAAUACACCAGACAGCGAUGCCUCCAGCUCUCCUGAGAUGCCACAUAAUGUUUCAAACUUGGAAAAGGCUGGAAUCCUGAAUAAAACAAAGGUGUCUGAAAACGGGAAGAAAAUUAGGAAGAACUGGAGUAAUUCCUGGACGGUUCUCCAUGGAGGGAUACUGACAUUCCAUAAGGAUCCAAAGACACCAGCUGGAGCAUCGAGCAAGACAAACCAGAUAGUUCCAGAAUUCACAGUCGAACUGAGAGGGGCAACAAUUAACCGGGCAACCAAGGACAAAUCAAGCAAGAAAAAUGUUUUGGAGCUUAAGAGUCGCAAUGGUGUGGAGUACUUGAUCCAGUACGACACUGAGAGCAUCAUCACAGACUGGUAUAAAAUCAUCACAGAUACCAUACACCAGCUGGAUCUGCGUCAGGAUCUGGAUCAGCACCACUCUGAAGAUGAGGAGGAAAUCAGUGAGAAGUCCUCGAGCUUAGACAGAGAGGAUAGACCCUUCGACAAAAGAACUAUGAGCAAUGCAUCUCGUCAUCCUUCGUCCUCUUCGACACCUGAAGCAGAUCAGAAGAAGGUCCGCACCAAACUGAAGAAGUUUCUCCUCAAGCGGCCCACCCUGCAGUCGGUCAAAGACAAGGGAUAUAUCAGAGAAAAUGUAUUCGGAUGUCACUUGCACAAUCUCUGCACUCAAGAAAAGACGAGAGUGCCCAGCUUUGUAGAGAAAUGCAUCCGGGCGGUAGAGAAAAGAGGUCUGGAGAUCGAUGGACUCUACAGAGUUAGUGGGAAUUUGGCAGUCAUCCAGAAACUGCGUUUCAAAGCAGAUCAUGAGGAUCUGGACCUGGAGGAGGGGAACUGGGACAUCCAUGUGAUCACAGGAGCGCUGAAGCUCUUCUUCAGAGAGCUGCAGGAGCCUCUUUUCCCUUACAGUCUCUUCAAUGAUUUCAUCAAUGGCAUCAAAAUCCCUGAUUAUUACAGUAAAAUAGCACACAUGAGAAAUCUGGUACGGUCUUUGCCACCACCCAACCGUAACACAAUGGAGGCCCUAUUCAGCCAUUUACGCAAGGUUAUUCAACACGGCGAUGAGAACAGAAUGAGCGUGCAGAAUGUGGCUAUCGUUUUCGGCCCAACGUUACUCAAACCGGAGGUGGAGACGGCAAACAUCGCCACUUACAUGGUCUUCCAGAACCAGAUUGUAGAAUUCUUACUCAAUGAAUUUGAGUCGAUCUUCCACAUGUGAUUGACCUGAACUUGCACUGAAUACAAAAGCCCACUCAAAUGCUGGAGAUGAAGCUGCAAAACUGAUCUCAGUCCAGUCAGAGGGACAGUAUGUAACAGAUCUGCGAAGGAAAGCCUCUCGACUGGCACAUUUUGCAGCAGGUUGUAAAUAGAGAUGCUACAAAAAUCAAGAACAGUAGCAUCUGUGAUUAAUCUAUUAAUAUCACUGAAACAGAAGAGCAGUUUAAAUAUUGGCCAUUAAGGGUAAUACACAUUUUAAA